GUGCAGCUACUGUGACACAAGAGUCUAAUGCUGCUCCGAUCACCUUCAGGAGAUCUCACGGCCAGGGGAAUGCCGAUUAAAGCACAUCAUAUAAUAUGGGCCAUUCUCUUUCUUUGUAUAACAGGAUUUAUCUUCACUGUUCAUCACAAACUUGUCCAGCAACUGCCAAACUUUCAGUUUCUCCCGUAUGGCUCUCCUACAACUACUCAGCUUACAAAAUCUACAACAGCAAAGCCCCACGAUUUAGAACAGCAAGUGAUAUGCAAAUUAGACCUUAUAAACAGAACGAUUCCAAAUGUGUUCUUCAACAACUUAACUGAAAUAAGUAGCGGUACCAACAGUACAGCAACAAUAUUAAAUUAUAAACCUAAAUACUGCCUUGGAGACACCUUAAUUGUGAAAAUUCAAAUGUUUAAUUAUUUGGGGGAAAAGAAGACCUAUGGAGGAGACUUCUUACGAGCCCGGAUAUUUUCACCAAAUCUAGGAGCUGCAGCUUCUGGGAGAAUGGAGGACUUUAACAAUGGAACAUAUAAUGUCUAUUUUACAUUAUUUUGGGAAGGACGGGUGCAAAUGUCCAUACUCCUAAUGCAUCCUAGUGAAGCAGUUUCUUCUUUAUGGAGAGCAAGAAACCAGGGUUAUAAGAAUGUUAAAUAUAUAGGUAAAUUUCUUAAUAAGAGCCAAGAGGUUCAUACAGAAUGUGGAUUUCAGUUGGACCCACAAGGAGAAAAAUGUGAUUAUGGGGAUGACAAAUAUGGAGAGUUCUUCUAUUGUAUGAAGCUCCUUGGUGUCCCUUGUGAAGCUUUAAUAUCAAUGAGGAGUGAGAACACACCUCAUGCUUACCUCACUGACAAAGAGAAGAUGCUUUUCACAAGGUCGAACAUUGGUGUUGAAAUUCCACAAGACAUUAAUCAAGUCGAUGUAGUAAAAUGUAAAAAUAUGUCAAUAGAAGUUAAACCAAAAUGCCAAACUGGUAUGUCACUUCCAUUCCCUAGUGGGUAUUUUUUGUAUAACGUUUGGUAUCCUCUCCAUUGUAACGUGUCUUCCCAUGAACCCUUGGCUAAUAUCACCACUUGUCUCACUGGUAAAAUCAUAUAUCUCAUGGGAGAUUCAACACUUCGUCAGUGGAUAGAAUACUUCCCAGAACACCUAAAAUAUCUAAAGUUCUUUGAUCUCCACGGAAAUGGCUGGCACAGGACUUACAUGGCCAUAGACCAAACCAACAACAUCUACAUACAGUGGAAAAAACACGGGCACCCUUUUGUAACUCUGAGCUUCUUCAAUGCCAGGGACUAUGCUGAUGUCCCUCACCAAAUUGACCAAAUUGGUGGAAACUCGGACACGGUUAUUGUUAUCACGCUGGGACAACAUUUCCGAGCUUUUCCUAUUUCUCUGUUCAUCAGAAGGCUCCUCAAUGUUCGUAAGGCCAUAGAGAACUUGUUUUCACGAAGCCCAAAUACAAAGGUCAUCAUCAAAUCUGAAAACAUCAGAGAGAUUAAUUUGGAUGUGGAACGUUUUAGUGACUUUCAUGGGUAUAUUCAAUAUCUCUUAGUGAAGGAUAUUUUCAAUGGUCUUAAUGUUGGGAUGAUUGAUGUGUGGGACAUGACUGUAGCAUUUAAAUCUUUCAAUGUUCAUCCACCAGAGAUUGUUCUUAAGAAUCAGAUCAACAUGUUUUUGAGUUACCUUUGUUAAUGUAAUACACUGAACUUCAUGAUUGAAAGUUUCUGUAUUCAUCUCACCAUACAGUCAGAUUUUACACAUUUUUGACUUGCAUUGAAAGCAUUAAAGAAACCAAAGAUAUAUUUUAAAAUAUCCUUAGUUAAAAAUAUCUCAGCUUCUAAAUCAGGGGUCAGCAACCUUUUGCCACUUAACCACUAAGGCUGCAUUCACACCUCCGCGACAAGAUACGCCGC